AUGAAGCGAUCUGCACUUAUAUCUCUCAUCCCCGCCUUCUUGGCUACUGCUUCUCCUGUCCCUCAAGCUUCCAAAAUUGCUGGUCUCUGUGGCGCUGCUGAGGUUGACGAGCUCGUUGGAUACGGAGCAAAGUCCACCGGAGGGUCUGGAGAUACCGUCACCGUCACUUCUUGCUCAGAGCUCACCUCUGCACUCUCCAAUGGCGGUGUCAUUCACAUCGACGGCCAGCUGACCGGCUGCGAUAUCAUGAACGUCAAGAGCGACACCACCAUCCUCGGCGUUGGUUCCAGCUCUGGUCUCACUGACAGUGGUUUCCGCAUCAAGAAGGCCGAUAAUGUCAUCAUCCGUAACCUCGCCAUGAAGAAUCCUCCCAAGGAAAUGGAUCUCAUCGACAUUGAGACCUCUACGAACAUCUGGAUUGACCACAACGAGUUCUCUGCCGAGGGCAUCACCGGGGACAAGGACUUCUACGACGGUCUCCUUGACGCCAAGCGUGGCUCCGACUUCCUCACCUUCUCGUGGAACAAGUUCUCCGACCACUGGAAAGCCAGUCUCAUCGGUCACAGCGACAGCAACGGUGAUCAAGACACCGGCAAGCUCCACGUUACUUACCACCACAACUACUGGAGCAACGUCAACAGCCGUGCUCCCUCCAUUCGUUUCGGAACUGCGCAUAUUUACAGCAGCUGCUACGAGGAUCUUCCCAUCUCUGGCGUCAACUCUCGAAUGAGCGCUCAAGUCCUCGUGGAGAGCACUGCUUUUGUUAAUGUCAAGCGACCUAUUGUCACCAACCUUGACUCUAAGGAGGAUGGAUUCGCUAUUGAGAAGGACAACCUUUUCGAGAACAGUGAGGCACAGAUUACGCAGGAGAAGGGUUUCGUUCCUCCUUAUGAUUACGCCACCGACUCUGCGGAUUGUAUCUGUGACUAUCUCAAGGAGAAGGCUGGAACCGGUGUUAUCAACUAA